CCCUGCCAGCUUCUCCACUCUUCAGAUACCUCCCUAUCUCCAGCAUGCAUUGUGGAUUCGGCUCCGUGGGCUGUGGAUUUGGCCCCAGGAACUUCAGCUGCGCCUCCGCCUGCGGGCCCCGGCCCGGCCGCUGCUGCAUCACCGCCGCCCCCUACCGCGGGGUCUCCUGCUACCGCGGCUUCACAGGGGGCUUUGGCAGCCAGAGCGUCUGCGGCACCUUCCGCUCUGGCUCCUGUGGACGCAGCUUCGGAUACCGCUCAGGCGGCGUGUGCGGGCCCAGCCCGCCCUGCAUCACCACCGUGUCCGUCAAUGAGAGCCUCCUCACGCCCCUCAACCUGGAGAUCGACCCCAACGCGCAGUGCGUGAAGCAUGAGGAGAAGGAGCAGAUCAAGUGUCUCAACAGCAGGUUCGCUGCCUUCAUCGACAAGGUGCGCUUCCUGGAGCAGCAGAACAAGCUGCUGGAGACCAAGUGGCAGUACUACCAGAACCGCAAGUGCUGCGAGAGCAACCUGGAGCCGCUGUUUGAGGGCUACAUCGAGACGCUGAGGCGGGAGGCCGAGUGUGUGGAGGCCGACAGCGGGAGGCUGGCCACAGAGCUGAACCACGUGCAGGAGGUGCUGGAGGGCUACAAGAAGAAGUAUGAAGAAGAAGUUGCACUUCGGGCCACAGCGGAGAAUGAGUUUGUGGUUCUAAAGAAGGACGUGGACUGCGCCUACCUCCGCAAGUCAGACCUGGAGGCCAACGCAGAGGCCCUGACCGAGGAGAUCGACUUCCUGCGGCGACUGUAUGAGGAGGAGAUCCGUGUCCUCCACGCCCACAUCUCAGACACCUCAGUCGUUGUCAAGAUGGACAACAGCCGGGACCUGAACAUGGACUGCGUCAUUGCCGAGAUCAAGGCUCAGUAUGACGACAUCGCCAGCCGCAGUCGGGCCGAGGCCGAGUCCUGGUACCGCAGCAAGUGUGAGGAGAUGAAGGCCACAGUGAUCCGUCAUGGGGAGACCCUGCGCCGCACCAAGGAGGAGAUCAAUGAGCUGAACCGCAUGGUCCAGAGGCUGACCGCCGAGGUUGAGAACGCCAAGUGCCAGAACACCAAGCUGGAGGCCGCAGUGACCCAAUCGGAGGAGCAGGGCGAGACAGCCGUCAGUGAUGCUCGCUGCAAGCUGGCCGAGCUGGAGGCCGCCCUGCAGAAGGCCAAGCAGGACAUGGCCUGCCUGCUCAAGGAGUACCAGGAGGUCAUGAACUCCAAGCUGGGCCUGGACAUUGAGAUCGCCACCUACAGGCGCCUGCUGGAGGGCGAGGAGCAGAGGCUGUGUGAAGGUGUUGGAUCUGUGAAUGUCUGUGUCAGCAGCUCCCGGGGCGGAGUCGUCUGUGGGGACCUCUGUGUGUCUGGCUCCAGACCAGUAGUAGGCAGCGCCUGCAAUGCCCCCUGUGGUGGGAACCUGGCGGUGCCCACCGGAAUGUGCGCGCCCUGCUGCCAGCUCAACACCACCUGUGGAGGGGGCUCCGGCGGCCUAGGGAGGUGUUAGGCUGCCCCCAGAGAGAGCCAGAGAAGCCACUACUGCCUGCCAGAGGUGCCA